GGAAGAGAGAGAGAGAGGGAGAAAGAGAGGGAUAACAGGGCGUCGCGAGUGCCUGCCGCUGCUGCCUUAGUGACAUAGUUUGAUCUAAUUGGAAUGACUUUACACUCGCCAGUAAAUUUAGUGCCACACUGUUGAUUUGUGAUCUUUCAGUCUAGUUCUAGUUUGAAAGUUCAAGGGAAACUACUCAGGGAAAUUACUUGCCUAACAGAUUCUUUUGCAUUGGGAAACCAGUUAGUGUAAUGAGAUCAAUAACAGUGUCGUUGGUUGAGUCUUUGAUGUUCGGCAGGAGAAGUUUUAAUGUUGUUAUUAGGAAGUCUUGACGUUUGAAGAUAAGACUUAUCAAUUCUGAGUUUUUUAUGAAAUUGAAACGCCAUUGAAAACAUACAGUUUAGCAGACGACAACUCAAACUAAGCGAGGAUCUGAUUGGAUCUAUUUAAUAUCACAUGACUUGGAUUACGUCGUUUUGACAGCUCCAUUAGUUCUCUGAAGUUUGUUUUAUUGUGUCGCACCACUUGCGGAAAUGACAAGCAAGAAACUGGUUGCUCAACUGUCAGCGGAUCAAAUCGAAGAGUUCAGAGAAGCCUUCUACAUGUUUGAUAAAGAUGGGGACGGACGGAUUACUGCUAAAGAGCUUGGGACGGUCCUCAGGUCUUUGGGGCAGAACCCCACGGAAACAGAGCUGAGAGAUAUGAUCAACGAAGUAGACGCAGAUGGGAACGGAACUAUUGAGUUUAACGAGUUUUUGUCCAUGAUGUCCAAGAAGUCCGAGAAACACGAACUGGAAGAGAUCACUGAUGCCUUCAAGAUCUUCGACAAGAACGGAGACGGCUACAUCAACGCUGCUGAGCUGCGACACGUGAUGACGAACCUUGGGGAGAAGCUGAGCGACAAGGAAGUGGAGGACAUGAUCCGGGAGGCAGAUAUGGACGGGGAUGGGCGAAUCAACUAUCAAGAAUUCAUUCGAAUGAUGACCUCAGAUGACCACCACACAAGUCACCAGGACGCCAGUAAAGUUAACCCACUGUAGUCCGCCUUUGUACAUUCUAGGCACUUUUUUCCAGUAUCUUUGUAACUUUUACAAUGUUUUCUUUGUAAAACAAUUCCUUCUGACUUAAGAUGCUACUCUCUAAAGGGAGUAACCGCUUUUUAUUGUUUUAGUUAUAACUGUAAGGGCAGUAAUAUAGAGAGAGAUUCUUGGGGUUCUUUUAACGGUAUCCGUAUUUCUCUUUAAAUGAGUUAAAGUUAUCAACCCCUUGAUUUUUAAAGCAAUAAUCCGUAAAUUUCGAUGUUAUAAAACUAUCAUAUUAUCUCAAAGUUAAAAAAAAAAAAAAAAAGCAGGCUGGACACAAAUUGGAGUCUUUUCAUUUUUUUUUAAAUGAACGACAGACAUUCUACAUCCAUGUCAUUAAUCUUAUAUUGUGGGGGGGG